AUGUUGGCACUUCUGACUGGGGUUUUCGGAGUGGAAGAGCCAGAUGUUACUGCAGCCACCCCGCCACCACGAACACGCGAAGUCAAAGAAGAAACCGAUGAUAAUGCCACUGAGAAGAAGCCGGCGACGAGACAAGAUAAGUUGCUCCGUGCUGCGAAAGCACGCAUUGAUCGUAUGGUCAAGCCACACGCAAAGCGGAGAAGCCUCGAUGUGCCAGAGUGGAUGAAGGAGGAAUGGAAGAAGGGCGACAAGGGCGCGAUUGCGAAAACAUUGCGGGAUGUAAACUUCGACCGUGAGAAGUUCCUUGUCAAGAUGGAGGUCUCGGUGAAACUGAGCAACAAGCGUGAGAUCAUCAUCGACGAGGGCUGGUACACCCACGAAGAAAUGAUGUCUGACUUGGGGUGGACCAAGAAGAACGAGUACGAUGGCUUGGAAGAGUUUUGGGUCAAGAUUCGAGAGCAUGGAAAGCGGAAGCAAGCCCUAACCUAUGAGGAGAACCACAAGAAAGCUUGCCAGGACCGUGAGGAGCUCCCAGAUGUGGCCGGCCUCGACAAGUUCGACAAGCUAGAGGUGCUGCAGAAGCGAGGGGCUGCUGCGGCCAUCGAUACCCAGAUCUCGAAAGUCGAGGCGAUCUACGAUUCCUGUAUGGAACUCAAGGCGAAUGCCGAAAUGAUGAAAAUGGACGAAAAGUGCAGUCGCGCCGCCGCGUUGGAGAACAAGCUGAAGACGCCAGCUGCAGUGGACUGCAAAGAAAUGCUGGGAAAAGGUUACGCCGUCAUCGCAGCCCUCCCUGUUCUUCCGCUGGCCACACCAUACGCGGGCUCAGCAGCGACAUUGGCGAUGGAGAGUAUUGCCCCGUAUCCUUGGAAGAAAAGAUCACCUGAAACAAAGCGCAACCAGCCCAAGCCCGUCAUCAAGGCCUCCUGCCGUGCAGCCAUCCGGACUGCUCGCAACAUUGUGAAGGACGUGGGCGUGGAGCAGGCACGAAACGUAGGUGGCCUGCUUGGUUUGGCUCGUUGCUCUCAGAGUCAUUCCGAGAGGGAUACCCGGGGGCUAUUGUCGCAGAAGCUGGGGCUGGCGUUACCCAUUCCUUUGCGUGCUGUUCCUGAUUCGGUGGAUCCGAGCGUGCACGAAAAAAAUAGACUUCGGAUGCUGACCAUGAAAGACUGGGCCAGCUUCUUUCUUCGGACAAACAAUUGGCACGUAUUGUGCGGGCUCCGGUCCCCGAAUCCUGAACGGGAGCAAGCGAUUUGGAAGUCGUGGUGGCAAAAGUACGAGCAAAUUGAUCCGGGUCAUCCUAUAUUUGCAAUGGCCCAGCGAGGCGAGGUCGCUUUAAGCAAAACGGCGGCCGUCGUCGUACACGGCGACGAGGGGAGAGGGAGGCGCCGGCAGGCGUUUUUCGUCCUGUCGUUCCACUCGGUUCUUGGCCGCGGCACAGUUGCUUCACUGGAGAAAUCUAAGAAGCCCAAUGCAAGACGAGUUAGGAAGCCUUAUCUUAAAAUGGGCUUGAACUUCAAAGGACAUUCCUACACAACGCGUUUUGUUCUGGGUGUUCUUCCUCGCCACCUUUACGCUGACAAAGAUCGAAACUUCACUUCGCUUUUGCGUGCUGUAUAUCACGAUGCAGCCUCGAUGGCGACAACCGGUGUGGUCGAUCGUAAGGGAUGCCGUCACUGGCUAUGCGCUGUUCGCACCAUCGGCGACUGGCCAUUUCUACAUAAAGCUGGCAAUUUGGACAGGACGUAUGCAAACACAGUGAAAUCUGUGAACCAAGCUUCUUCAGGGAUUUGUCAUCUCUGUUGUGCUGGAGAGCCAAACAUUCCGUUUGAGCAGAUCGCGACAAGAAGACCGGACUGGUUGGAUAGGCCUUGCACCACUUCACCAUUCAAGGAUGGGAUUCUUCCUGAGGCUGCUUGUCUUCCUCAUGCCCCAGGCCGUUUACCCAACCACUAUGCGUAUGACAUCUUUCACACCUUCCAUUUGGGAGUCGCCAAGAACUUUCUUGGCGCGGUUCUCGCUCGCUUAUCAGACUUUGAGAGCGGAAAUGUGGAGCAGCGCUUUGAGGCGUUGACUGUAAAGUAUCGUACUUGGUGCCGUGCGACAGGAAACGCGCCAAUAGUUUCGAAAUUGACAAAGGAUCUUAUACAGUGGGAGACAACGAGCGACUACCCCAACGGUUCUUGGUAUAAGGGGGGCCUCAGCACGAACCUUAUGCUCUUUUUUGAGUCGUUGGAUGGCACAUUGUCGGAUCCAUUACUUCUUUUGGCAAUGGACGGCGCCAAGGCGAUAAACCUUUUCUUUCGGACUCUCUAUGCUGAAGGCUUUUGGCUGUCACCUGCAGUGGCGAGUUUUACGGGGCAGCUAGCAAGCAAGUUUUUGAGAAGGUACGAGGAAUGUGCAAGAUUGGCGCACAGCGAGCAAGCCACGCUGUUCGUUCUGCAACCUAAGUUGCGCCCGCUUCACCAUUUCGCAGUUGAUUUGCUGCGGGCUGUGCAGGCUGGGCACGAAGCUAUCAACCCUCUGGGGUUUUCGACACAAAUGUCGGAAGACCUGGUUGGCAGGCCUUCUCGCCUGGGCCGGCGAGUGGCGACACCUUUAGUUUGCCAACGUGUCUUGGAAAGGUACUUGCAGUCGUCAUAUGGCGAGUGGGUCAAGGCUGGUCUCCUGAUCGAAUCGAAGGGCUCUGCGUGA